AUGAAUGAGGAGCAACAAAGGGACGAAAAGAAAAUGGCUUUCAACAAGAUUAAACCUUCACUGUACGACCAAAUAACAGAGCUUCAGAGAAAAAUCCAGCUCCUCGAGGGCGGCAGAAACGCGCAUUAUGAGAGCUCCCGGUCCAUCAUAGAGAAGAACAGCGAGGCCCUCCGCCAGCUGCGGCAGGAGAACAAGAGGCUGUACAGGGAACUGGCCGAUGUCAAUGCAGGUGACGAGCAUGUCAUCAGAGCAGCUUUUCACAACCGAGGCCUGGAGAAACACGCCUUCCGCAACAUGUCAGAAGAGGAAGCCCUCACAACACUGGAGCAGAGGAGGCUGUCGGAGACGAAGCAGCUCAACGCUCUGAAGCACAAAACCAAGACUUACCAGCGCCGCCUGGAGGAGCUGAAGGAGGAGUACGAGAGGCUGAAACCAGAGGCUGGAGCAGUGUGUCCUGAUGCUCGGAGGAACGAGGAGGAUGCCAUGAACCGGUGGACUCUUGAAAACAGGCUGGAGAAAACUCAGCUAAAGUGCAAAGAGGGUGAGAACAUCAUGGCCAACUACCUGAAACUGAAAAGCCACCUGCAGGAUGAGAGCCUGACUUUCCAGGGCCAGUUAGACAGCCUGAAAGAAGAAAUCCUGAAGCACAGAGAGGAACUUCAGGGCAUGCAGCUCAUUUACAAGGAGGCAAAGGUCGCGAAAGAAGAGUUCAAGGCAGAGAUGCAGCGACUGGAGGAGCGGCUCCACAGGGAGCGCAAGGAACGAGAGCGAGUCGUCGCAAGUUACAGAAGAAACUUUGAGGAGUGCAAAGCCGAGGCUGAAAAGAAUGAGCGGAGGGCUCAGAGAACUGCGAUGCAGCCGGAUGAAGUGAGCAGCGAGGCCCAGCGCAGCGCCACCAGGAUGGAGGCUGAAGAGGAGAAAGCCAUUUCCACCUUUGAAGAGGUCUACAGGAAUGUGAAGGAGGCCACUGGAGCCACAAAUGUACAGGAGAUAGUGGAGCGAUUCACUUCUCAAAGGGACACAUAUCAACACCUGGAGGAAGUGAAAGUGGAAAACGAGGCAGUCCUGCUGCAGCUGAAGGAGCAGAAAAAGCUCCUGAGCCAACAGCUUGACAAUCUGAAGUACUGUGGGGAGGCCAGACUGUCCAGCGAGCGACGGACGCUGGAGGAGAGCGAGCAGCAGCUGCAGGCUCAGCAGCAGAAGAGCAAACCGGCCAAAGAGAAUCUGGACCGGCUGAUUAAAACUCUGGGCGCCGCCCGGGCUGGAGUCGAGCACCUGGCAGAAAAACUCCAACACAUCUCAGCGAGUGAAGACCCAGAUGCUGACGUUCAGCCACACUCGGAGGAGAUGGUGGUGGAGCUUCUGAAGCAGUGUCAGCUGAAGCUCCAGGCCAUGAGCACGGAGCUGGAAGAGACCGACCUGGCUGCCGUCAUGAAGGAGAUGGAGGAAGAGGCGUUCCUGGUCAGGAUGGAGGGGAAACUCCCAGAGUACAACACCCGGAUCAAACUGCCCGGGGAUCAAACACAGGAACUCUUUGAUGACGAGGAUGAACGUGAAGAGGACGAGGCCGACGUCGUCUCUCGGGAGGCCCUGAAGCGUCAGUCUCAGCUGAUAAUCGACUCCAACCCCAAGAAGAAGCCCUGGAAGAAGAAGAAGGGCAAGUUUUGA